AUGAAGACCUUUUAUACACUCCUUGCCCUCAUCCAGGCUGCAACAGCCCAAGUCAAGGGAACCCCGUCUGGCUUCGCAGCUGGCACAACCGGUGGUGGCUCUGCUACACCCGCUGCCCCAUCCAGCCUUGCUCAACUCAAAGAAUGGAUCACAGAUAGCACCGCCCGCGUCAUCCUCAUCGACCGUACCUGGGACUUUGCCGGGUCUGAAGGGACCACAUCGACACAAUGCUGCAGUACGCGCACCACCGUCUGCUCUGGUGGAACUUCUGCCGGACAGGCCUGGAUCCAGGAUACCUGUACUGACGGGACUUGGGUUUCCUGUACGUACGAUAAUGCUGCUCGAAGCCCUCUGGAUGUGGGCAGUAACAAGAGUAUCGUGGGUGUUGGCUCUGCGGGAGUCAUCAAGGGGAAGGGGCUGAGGAUUAGGGGAGGGAACAGCAAUGUCAUCAUCCAGAAUGUCCAUAUCACGAACCUCAAUCCGCAGUAUGUCUGGGGCGGCGAUGCCAUCACCCUCGACGGCGCGGACUACGUCUGGAUUGACCACAACAAGGUAUACCCCUCUACAGAGGUUUCAACGAUCUCCCUCAUCGGCCGCCAAAUGAUAGUAAGCGGCUGGGGCACAGCCGGACACGUCACAAUCUCCAACAACGAAUUCGACGGCCGCACCUCCUGGUCCUCCGGCUGCAAUGGCAAACACUACUGGACACUGCUCCUAAUCGGCCUCGAAGACUGGUACACCUUCUCCAACAACUAUCUCCAUGACCUUUCAGGGAGGGCACCACACAUCGGCACAGACUACACCGACUCCAAGAUCUUCCUGCACGCCGUGAACAACUACUUCAAGGACAUCGGCGGGCACGCCUUCGAUAUCGACACGAAUACCUGGUCCCUGCUUGAAGGGAAUUACUUUGAUUCGGUGACUACGCCGCUCACGCCGGACUCGUUGACGAGCGGAGCGCAGAUUUAUGACGUGGCGACGGUGGCUGCGGCGGGGAAUUGUGUGGGCCAACUUGGGUAUAUCUGCGAGUGGAACCGAUUGAGUAAUUCGGGGACUUGGACAGACAGGACUGAUGCUGCUGUGCUGAGCCAGGCUGCUGCGUAUAAGGGUUCGCUUAUUGGGCAUAUUGGGGUGGCGGAUGUGCCUUCGACUGUCGUGGCCAAUGCUGGUGUUGGGAAGAUAUAA